UGGGAACUCUUUUGACGUUACAUCCGGUUUUUGAGCUGUCAGACUGUCGUAAAAGUUUGCAGUCGGAAAUGUUACGCCUGGAACAAAAAGUUAAAGUGAAACAAACAUGGAUUUUUAAGACUCAGGGAUAGCGCAGCUUGUCGGUCGUCUUCUAAUUAAAAUGUUUUCUCUGUCAAUGACCGUCCAGCCGCAGGUGACUGUACCCUUUAGCCACCUUAUCAACGUCCUCCACUCUCUCAAGUGCUCAGUAGGGAGCAGUAGCAGUGCAACCAGCAAAUCAGGAAAGAGUCAUGCUUCAGACUCACAUCUGCACUGCACAGAGCCCCUGUGGAACCUAAGGGAGCUUGGAUUAUCUGACCUUGCGACACAACAGCUGGAUGAUGUGGUGAACAGUCUGAUACCACGCUUGAGCCCACAGGAGGUGUCCCUUCCACUGGAUAGUCACACAGCUUGGAAGACCUCUUACCUCUCCUCGCCCUCUUUUUUCUACAACAAACAUGGAUUCUCAUGUGGUUCCAUGCUUCAGUCAGUCCCAGUUUUCUCCAGACAGCGCCAAUCACCCCUCCAGUCUGUCUGUAUAGAGUUACAACACUGGCCAGUGUUUGUCCAAAGUCGAAGCUUUAAAACAUUAAGGAGCAAAACAAGAAGAGUGCAGUCAGCAUUUGACCGACCGCUGGAAUCUGAAGGGUUUACGCCAUCUUUUAUGAAGGGUUUCCUUACUCGUGACAAGGGCAUUGAGGUGGAAAGUCUAAGCAGCCUGGUUAAAAGCAAGAACAUACCUGAGGGACAACACGAUGCUUUCAAGAGGGGCUUUGCUGAGGGUUUCCUGAAAGCUCAAGCAUUGACACAACGCACACAAGACUCUUUAAAGAGGACUCGUCUAAUCCUGCUGGUGCUGCUUCUUGUUGGGCUCUAUGGUAUUUCUAAGACUCCCUUCAUAUCGGUGCGGUUCCGAACCACAUCAGGCCUGGAUUCAGCAGUGGACCCUGUCCAGAUGAAAAACGUGACAUUUGAGCAUGUCAAAGGGGUUGAAGAAGCCAAGAACGAGCUGCAGGAAGUGGUGGAGUUUCUUAAGAACCCACAGAAGUUCACAGCUUUAGGAGGAAAGCUGCCAAAAGGUGUUUUACUGGUUGGCCCUCCAGGGACGGGUAAGACUCUACUGGCCAGAGCCGUGGCAGGAGAAGCAGAUGUGCCAUUCUACUAUGCGUCUGGCUCAGAGUUUGAUGAGAUGUUUGUCGGAGUGGGAGCCAGCCGUAUAAGGAACCUUUUCAGGGAAGCUAAAAGUAAUGCUCCUUGUGUGAUCUUCAUUGAUGAGCUUGAUAGUGUCGGUGGGAAAAGGAUCGAGUCUCCCAUGCACCCUUAUUCCAGACAGACUAUCAACCAGCUACUUGCUGAAAUGGAUGGGUUCAAAACAAAUGAAGGUGUAAUCAUAAUCGGAGCAACAAACUUCCCUGAGGCUUUGGAUAAUGCCCUGAUCCGUCCGGGGCGCUUUGAUAUGCAGGUCACUGUUCCUAAACCUGAUGUAAAAGGACGCACAGAAAUCCUCAAGUGGUACCUAAGGAAGAUUAAAGUGGAUCCAGCUAUUGAAGCCAGUAUUAUUGCUCGGGGCACAGUGGGCUUCUCUGGCGCUGACCUGGAAAACCUGGUCAACCAGGCUGCCCUGAAGGCAGCGGUUGAUGGAAAAGACAUGGUAACAAUGAAAGAGCUGGAGUUUGCUAAAGACAAGAUCCUCAUGGGCCCUGAGAGAAGAAGUGCAGAAAUAGACAAGAAGAACAAAAUCAUCACAGCCUACCAUGAAUCGGGACAUGCAAUCGUAGCUUACUACACCAAAGAUGCCAUGCCGAUCAACAAGGCUACUAUCAUGCCCAGGGGCCCAAGUCUAGGACAUGUGUCCAUGCUUCCAGAGAAUGAUCGCUGGACUGAGACCCGCUCUCAGCUUUUGGCACAGAUGGACGUCAGUAUGGGAGGCCGUGUUGCAGAGGAGGUUAUGUUUGGCCAUGAAAACAUUACAACUGGUGCAUCAAGUGAUUUUGACAGUGCUACCAAGAUCGCUAGGAUGAUGGUGACCAGAUUUGGAAUGUGUGAAAAGCUUGGUGUGAUGACCUAUGCUGACAUGACAGAGCAGAGCCCAGAGACACAAGCUGCUGUGGAGCAUGAAGUCAGGUUAUUGCUGAAGGAGUCUUAUGAGCGUGCCAAAGCCCUGCUGAAGUCUCACGCCAAGGAGCACAAAAGCCUGGCAGAUGCUCUGCUCAUGUAUGAGACACUGGACGCCAAAGAGAUCCAGAUGGUCCUGGAGGGCAAGGCUCUGGAUAGCAGAUAAAACUACCCAGGACAGCGAUGAUCUCAGGGGCAGCGGGUAGCAAAGGGAAAGUGGUCUGAAGAAAAGUGGUCAAACAGUCAGGAAAGAGGAUGGGACUUCACUUGUCAGCAGAGAAUCAAAGCUGAUUCAAUCAUGGUCUGAAACUCUCCUGAGUAGUGCUCAUGUGAGAAUGUGAGAUAACCUCUAAUGCAGUCACCUUUAAGAACUGUCAUCAAAGUUCCCAGAUAACUAAAAUAUGGCUGUCCUGUAUUCAGAGAUAAGCAAACCUGUGCUGUAUGUUCACAAUGUUGCUCAGGUCACGUUAUUAGCUGGCAGGAGGAGACAAUGGAUGAAUGUAAAUACAUCCCUCAAAAUGGUUUCCGGAUAUCAAUUCUAUUCUUGUAUAAGCUGAAACACAAAGCUCAUGUUUAGAACAACACAUUGUCAUUCCGUUGUCAAGAAAUGUUGAGCUGCCGUGUCAGUGGUUUAAUCACGUCUAACGACGACACUUUUGAGUCCGCCUCUGUUGUGUCAUGUAUUUCUCUCAGAACAUAUCCUCUACUACAGCUGGUGUUAUUCUCAAGUGUAGCACAUACAGUAGAGCUGUCUCAAAUUCAUAAACAACCUCCUCUUCUGCUGAAUCUCCUUAAAUCAAUUUUUAAGGUUGCCUUUUGCGGGAAUGUACAAUAAGUGUAUUGUUUUGUUUGAGGUAGGAAGUGUAUACAUUUAAACAAUAUCUCAGCACUUUGGGUCAGUGUGCAUCCUUGAAAAUGCACUUGCGCUUCCGCCAUUUAAUUUCAUUUAUUCUCUGUGUAUUGAUUAGAAGCUGCUUUGCUUAAAGCAUGCAACAAAUUGCUGUGUAUAAAAUAAUAAUAAUAAUAGAUUAGGAUUUUAAGAACACUGUUGCCCUAAUUUAUUUAAAGUAAAGUUUACCUGAGUUUAAGUUUUGCUCCUGAGUAGCUUUUUAGCACAAGGAUGAUUUUCUUUGUAAAUGAGUUUAUUUAGCUUCUUUUAGUUCUUGCCCCCCUUGUUUUCACUGGAAUGCACAGGAACUUCUCACCUUCAUGUUCUGCAGCCUUUUCUAGUGACCCAAGAAAAUCUGCAUAGUCUUUAGCAAAUGUUAGUCUAAUGUAAAGACGCUUAAGAAAAACCUGAAGAUUUAAUCUGUAACAGUUUAUUAAAUCGACUGACUUGAAGUCAAUCAUCCUUUCUGUUAAGCUGAGUGGUAAUAGCAACACAUUAUACUGUACACACACAUGAAAUAUGUGUGUUAUUAUAGCAUUAUAUAUACUAAAAGAUUAAAACCAGCAUAAACAUUUUUUGUGCAAUGUUACGUUAAUUGGCCUUUCAACCCUGUUUAGGUGAUCGGCAAGUAUUGGGAACAUUUAGAUGUACAUUAAAGCUGUUUUGUGACACACAAUGGUUUUCUGUUGGUUUGCAAAAUAUUUCAACAAUGUGAAGGCGAUGGUGAAAGAAUAUGCUCAAAUAAAAACAAACAGAAAAUG